GAGGGAUGAACUACAUGUACCUACUUACAGUACACCACCCCCCAUCCCUUCACUUCCGUUAAUAGACAGGGAGAGGGAGACCCGGCAACAAUGCGACAGCCACUACAUGACAACAACCACGAUAUGAUGAGACUGUGACUCCGCAUGAACCAUUGUUCUUGCUGGCCGGCAUCCCGCCGACACCACCGCCUAUCAGUCACCACCUUGACCGCACUCUUCACCUCUACAAAGGAGGUUGUCCUGCAACCAAGUAUCUUUAGUCCUUCCUUCUUACCUUUCAAUCUGAAUUACUCUGUCCACCUCACUCACCAUGCCCCCCCUCAUCCCCUCCCUCACCACCAGCCCAAAAAUCGGCUUCAUAGUCCCCUCCUCCAACACCGCCGUGGAACCAAUAACAACCUCCCUCUUCCACUCCCACUCCCCCUCCCACCCCACCAUCAUCCCCCUCUUCACCCGCAUCCGCGUGACAACCAUCGGCACCGACCCCACCAGCACAACCCAAUUCGCCACCCCCCACAUGAUCGCCGCCGCACAACUGCUCGCCGACGCCGAGUGCGCCGCCAUCCUCUGGAACGGCACGUCGGGGAUGUGGACCGGCGCAUCGCUAGCCGAAGACCGGCGGCUCGCUGAGACUCUGACCGAAGCGACGGGGGUGCCGUGUAGCACUACUACGCUCGCCACGGUUGCCGCGCUCGAGGAGCUGGGGAUCCAGCGGUUCGCGGUCGCGGUGCCGUAUCCGCCCGACUUGGCGGAGAAAGUGAGGGAGUUCUUCUCCUCGACGGGUCAUGGCUGGGACGUGACGAAAGUUACUCGCUUGGAUCCUGCGCCGGCGGGUAAUUUGGCGAUUGCGAAGUCGGAUCCAGCGGAGAUUAGGAAGGCUAUCUACGACGCCGCCGUGUCACCCGACGUGCGAGUGGUGGUUGUGGCGUGUACGAACUGGCCGGCUGCGCCUUUGGUUGACGAGUUAGAGCAGAGAGUUGGUGGCGAUUGUGUUGUGAUUGAUAGUAUUCUCGUGACAAUCUGGCAGGGUCUCAAGAUGAUUGGGUGUCAGCGGAGGGAAGGUAGAGACUCGAAAGGGUGGGGAAGGUUGUUGGAUGGGUACCUCUAGUACCCCAAAGCCGAAGAAAGGCGACGUGAAGCAACCGGUCUACCUGUUCUCACGCUCACGACUUCGAGGACUCCCAAAUCACGGAAGUCAUGCACGUUGCAUUGCGCACGCACGGGGAACGAACAGCGAUGCAGGGUAUCUCAAACCACUCAUUUACGCACCACCUUCAGCGACCCCCUUGAACAUUAGAACGCUCAAACCCCAAAUUACCAACCACUCUCCCCCAGACCAGUUUUCGC